CUCUUUCUUGGUAAAUCUAAAAUUUUUUUACAUUUUAAAACAAUUACGUUGCGGGUGAAUAAACCUGUCAAACAGUUAUCAAAGGAAAACACAUUAUAUUUUUAUAAAUGGGUAACGAAAUGUCUUCAUCAGCGAUGGAAAAACAUCUGUUUAAUCUAAAAUUCGCAGUGAAAGAGCUUGAGAGAAACUCAAAAAAAUGUGAAAAAGAAGAAAAGUUAGAAAAAGAAAAAGCUAAAAAGGCAAUUCAGAAGGGUAACAUGGAAGGUGCUCGGAUACACGCGGAAAAUGCAAUACGGCAGAAAAACCAAGCAUUAAACUACCUCAGAAUGUCAGCAAGAGUAGAUGCUGUGUCAAGCAGAGUGCAGACAGCACUCACUACAAGAAAGGUCACAAAUUCCAUGGCAGGCGUGGUAAAAGCCAUGGAUGCAGCAAUGAAAUCUAUGAAUCUUGAGAAAAUCUCUACACUCAUGGAUAAGUUCGAGAGUCAGUUCGAAGAUCUGGACGUCCAGUCAUCAUACAUGGAGAAUGCUAUGUCACAAACCACUACCACCACAGUGCCGCAGGGUGACGUGGACAAUCUGUUGCAGCAGGUGGCUGAUGAGGCCGGUCUGGAACUAAACAUGGAGCUGCCGUCCGGUAUCCCGAGCACGUCGGUGGGCACAGCCACGGUCGUGUCACAGGAGCAGGACGAUCUCACGCAGAGAUUGGCGAGGUUGCGGCAAGCCGAGUAACGUCUGUAACAUUAUGGAGAUUCUGUACCAGUAGACCAGGGGGCCUACCGCGAACAUCGUUCGACGUGUUGCCUCCCUGUCACACUUAUGUACGAAUUUACAAGUGCUACAGACAGGCAACACGUCGAACGUGGUUCGCGGUAGACCCUCUGUAUCACAAUCACGUUAUAUCCGACGAAGGAUUAGUCUCUCUCUCACUUACAUAAUCGGUAGUAAGAGACGAAUGUUUUAUAUACUUAUGCAGAAUUCUUACUUCCUAUUCGUCAAAAUGUGCGUGGUGCAUCUCUGUCCGUCAAUUUGCGCAGACGGAAACCGUGCGUGUUAAACUGUUUGCUACGUUUGUGACCUAAAUCGGAAUUAAUAUUGAAUUAUUGACACGGCAAGUUUUUAAAACGGGGCUUUUUAUUGUCCCUACAAUUCACGCACGCACUCCCUAAGAGAAAAUAAAUUUCCUGCAUUAGAUUUGAACGCGAUUGUGCUGGCUAGUCUGGUGUCUUGUCUCUGAUUAUUAUAAGGCCGAACUAGUUUUGUAUAAAGCGUGUGUAAGUGGCAAUACAAUCGAUGUUGCAUCGCGUUUGUAUUGCGAUUGUUUCGAUGCUGUGUAAAGGUAAUGUCUUUAAAAUGUAUAUUGAACACUUGUUUUUUUAGUAUCAUUAAUUUUGAAUAUUAAUCGACACGAAAUAAGUAACUUUUUGUGCAACAAAACAAUAAUGUACAGGUUAGUCAAUUAUUAUUUUUCCAUUGAAUUGUAUUAAAUAAAAUUUGCUUUAAAUAAAACUUUUGUCUGUAAAGUUUUAAGUUACAAAAAAUGCUACUUCACUAUACUAUCUGAAAAAUCUAGUUUAGUUUUUUUAUGAAGCUUGUAAAGGUAAGUUUAAUGAAGAAUUAUCGUUUAUUUGUUUUGUAACAUAGCUUUUAUAAUAUUAUACUGUGAUGAGGUUACAA